AUGCCGCUCUCGUGUCGAUUUUAUAAACAAAAGUACCCGGAGGUGGAGGAUGUGGUGAUGGUGAAUGUGAGGAGCAUCGCCGAAAUGGGUGCUUAUGUCCACUUGUUGGAGUAUAAUAAUAUUGAAGGCAUGAUCCUGUUGUCUGAGUUAUCCAGGAGACGUAUCAGAUCUAUCAAUAAACUUAUUAGAGUGGGAAAAACUGAACCGGUUGUUGUUAUUCGUGUCGACAAGGAAAAAGGUUACAUCGACUUGAGUAAGCGACGAGUAUCAACUGAAGAUGUUGAAAAAUGUACUGAACGUUACGCUAAAGCUAAGGCCGUCAACUCGAUCCUGAGACAUGUUGCUGAAUUAUUGCACUACGAGAACGAUGAGCAGCUAGAAGAACUCUACCAGAAGACUGCUUGGUAUUUUGAGGAAAAGUACAAGAAGCAAAAAGCUUCGGCUUAUGAUUUUUUUAAGCAAGCUGUAUUAGAUCCAUCAAUUUUAGCUGAAUGUGGAUUGGAUGAAAACACAAAAUCUGUGUUGCUGAACAAUAUUAAACGUAAAUUAACAUCACAAGCUGUUAAAAUUCGCGCUGACGUCGAGGUCGCGUGCUACGGAUACGAAGGUAUCGACGCUGUAAAAGCUGCACUAAAAGCUGGACUCGCGUUAUCAACUGAAGAACUUCCUAUUAAAAUAAAUUUGAUCGCUCCACCCUUAUACGUAAUGACAACAUCAACGCCUGAAAAAUCUGACGGUUUAAAGGCGCUCAAUGACGCGAUUGAAGUUAUCAAAGAGAAAAUAAUAUCCAUGGGAGGUGUAUUCAAUGUCCAGAUGGCGCCUAAGGUCGUGACAGCAACGGAUGAGGCAGAAUUGAUGCGACAAAUGGAACGAGCUGAGAUGGAGAACGCCGAAAUUGCUGGAGAUGACGACGAGGAAGACGUCGAAGGCAUGGGAGACUUCAGUGGUGGUGAGGACGAAGGUGAAGAUAACAAAGACCAAGAAGAUUCUCAAGACGAAGAUUGA